UGCAGUCUUUUAUGUUCCUGUUGAACUUCCUUCCAAAGAAUAGGGUGUCUCCUCCCAGCUGGAGACAAUAAUACUGUACUUUAAAAAACCUCCAACAUUCACUUCUGGAUAAUUAAAGUUCUUGUUCUUUUUUUAUAACUCCAAGGACUUGAUUGUUCCAGGAAUAAACAGCUUUCGGCUAUGCACGCACGCACACAUGAAGUGUGCUCACCAAGAGGGAGUUGAUUAUUUGGUCCUCUGUGGAGACACACACUCUGCCUGGCACCUCUGCCAUGGAGCUGGUGAGGUUCAAGGAGCUGGGAGAAGAUGAAUUGAACUUGGAAGAGGAGAACCUGGACAGCGUCAAGGCCUUGACGGCAAAAUUGAAGUUACAGACGCGGCGCCCAUCCUACCUGGAGUGGAAGGCCCACGUGCAAAGCCCCUCCUGGAGAAACAGGCUCCAGGACGGAGCUCUGAAGACCCUCCUGGAGAAGCAGGGUGAAGAGGCUGGGGGAGAAGAGGAUCAGGCCCAGGUGCCCUUGAAGUCUGUUUGUGGGUUCCCCACCAUUGGGCUGGCCUUUGAAUGGCUUCGGAUGGAGCUGAGGAAGAUGCAGGACCUGGACCACCAGCUGGCACGGCAACUGAUGGCGCUGCGGGCCCAGAUCCACCAGCUGAAGGUGGAGCAGGCUUGCCAUCAGCACAAAGAGAUGCUGGACGACGCCACCUUUGAACUGGAGGGCUGCGAGGACGAUUCGGACCUGCUGUGCAACAUCCCCCCCAAGAUGGCUUUCCUCCUGUCUACUCCUCUCAAGCACAUCGGAGUCACCCGCAUGAAUAUCAACUCUCGCCGCUUCUCCUUGUGCUGAUAGACCUUCACCCCAUUGCGUGCUUGCUUGGCGCUUGCAGCUGCUUGCAAGGAGGAUGCAUCUCGGGCCCCACCGAGUGCGGCUGCUGAUGGUGUGCCUCGGUAGAGCAACCUGUGUCUUGCUUGGCUGAUCUGCUCUGGGCUCAGAAACAAAGCAGGGUGGGGUCUGGUUUGUAUAGGAAUGGGAGACCACCAGGAAGUCUCAGGGAUGUGGGCUAGAGGACACAUCCUAGAAGGAAGGAAGUAGGAAAUUUGAGGGAACUGCCUGGGACAGCCUUUGCUCCAACAGAAGAGAAGGGUUGCUGCUUAGAAAAAAGAGAUGAAAGGAAGAGGGCAAUGUGCAGCAAGAGGGAUGAUCAGCAUUCUUUUUGUGAUUCACAGGCCUAAGGAGGAUCUAGGGGGAGCCCAACCUCCAGCCUGCAGAUUCGGAGAAGGGCCAACCCAAAGUUUAGCACUCAAAAAAGGGUCAGGACUUUGAUCACACAGUUGCAGCCACCAUCUUGACUUUUUUUGACCGUAACCCUCCCCUUAAGGUCUUCUCUGCAUGGCUCUUUGGAAUGGAUCUGGCCAAGGACACAUGGGGGGCAGGGAUAUCAAGGGAAGGAAUUUUGCUGGUUGAUACAUCCCUUUUGCCUGGAAGGGUGCUCACCCCACGGCGGCUCCCCUUUUAUUUUGCCCAUGCAUGUUUUAAAGGCUUGCUUCCUUUUUACUCUGUGUCAGUUGGCAUGGCUUUGAGAAGCUGUUGUAAGUUAAACCCUUUAAAAGCAACCA